AUGGCCCGUGGCCUCAAAAAGCAUUUGAAGCGUCUCAAUGCGCCCAAGCACUGGAUGCUCGACAAGCUCGGCGGCGUCUUCGCCCCGAAACCGUCGCCCGGUCCGCACAAGUCGCGCGAGUGCUUGCCGCUGUGCCUCAUCCUUCGCAACCGCUUGAAGUACGCGCUGACGUACAAGGAAGUGACGACGAUUCUCAUGCAGCGCGUGGUGAAGGUGGACGGGAAGAUUCGCAUGGAUAAGUGCUACCCGUGCGGGAUCAUGGACGUCGUGAGCAUCGAAAAGAGCGAUGAACACUUCCGAUUGAUUUACGAUAACAAGGGACGAUUCGUCGUGCACCGCAUCGAAGCCAUCGAGGCGCAAUACAAGCUGUGCAAGGUGAAGAGCAAAAAGCUCGGGGAUAAGGGCGUGCCGUGCGUCGGCUUGCACGACGGACGCACGAUUCGAUACCCCGAUCCGCUCAUCAAGGAGGGUGACUCCGUCAUGGUUGACAUCGCGACGAACAAGAUUACCGAUUUCGUCAAGUUUGACGUCGGUGCGUUGUGCAUGAUCACGGGCGGCCGCAACGCCGGUCGCGUCGGGGUGAUUCAACGCCGCGAAAAGCACAUCGGAAGCUUUGAAAUCGUGCACUUGAAGGAUGCCGCGGGUCAAGAGUUUGCGACGCGCGCGACGAACGUGUUCGCGAUCGGCACCGGGAGCAAGCCGAUGAUUUCUUUGCCCAAGGGUAAGGGUAUCAAGCUCUCCAUCGUCGACGAGCGCCACUAG